AAAUAGAUCCUCUGUUUAGCUACCUCUUCCCCGCAUUGCAGCCAUUGUUUCAACACUAAUACUGUUUUUCCCGUGGAUUUGCAGAUUAUCAAAGCGAGUACUACGGGCCGGGAGGAAACUACGACUUCUUCCCUCAAGGGCCCCCGUCGUCCCAGGCCCAGACCCCGGUGGACCUCGCCUUCGUGCCCUCCUCGGGCCCCACGGGGACCCCACUGGGGGGCAUGGAGCACCCCCUUCCCGGACACCACCCCUCCAGCGAGGUGCAGCGCUUCUCGGACAUCAUGUCCCACCACCCCGGGGACUCCCCCAGCCCGGAGCCCGGCAUCCCGGGGGCCAUGCACGGCCUCUCCUCUGAGGUGUUCGGCCCCAGCCCCCCCUUCACCUCGCUCUCGCUCAACGGCAGCGGAUACAACAGCCACCUGUCCCACGCGCCCUCAGAAAUGAACGAGGGCACGGUGUGGUAGCUCCCGGGGGGCCGGAGGGGAGCAGGGACUCACCAGAGAACACAGGGAGCGCGUCCAGGACACGGGGCAUCGGGCCGAGUGAGGGAGGCAAAUGUAUCAGUUUGUUUUGGUUUUGUUUCGGCGAGUAGGAAGGUGUCAUUUGGUAUUUAUUUAUUUAUUUUUUGUGAAUUCACUUGGGGGUUUUAUGUGGCAGAGUAUGGCAUUAACACCGGAUGGAUGGUCUGAAGACGUUUUUUAUUUUUAUUUUUUGGUAUUGUGUCUAAUGUCUGGAUAGCAUAUAUAUUUAUUUUUUAUUUUCUUCUCUUCGAAUCCCCAAAUUGAUUGAUAGGGGGGGGGGGGGGGAGGCGUGUCCUGAGAGCCGGGACCCUUUAUGACCUCUGUCAGCAGCCCAGUGUAGCAACCCAACCUCAAACACUCCACACUGGGAAGAAAAAUACAACCUUUUCAAAUCUCCCUAGUAUGUUGUGAACAUGAAAACAUCAUUAGCUACUGUCAACGACUCGGGGCGGCUUUACCAGAGAGAGAGAGAGAGAGAGAGCGAGGACAGAGGGCUGCUUGGGGUCUGACCUGGCACUGGAGCAGAGCAGAAAAGCCUCCAGACUGCUCACGGCAACGUGUCCCCUGCACUCAGAAGCCCGUCAGACCUCUUUGCCUUUAAAGGCUCUGCCAUAUUGACACUUCAAACAACCUUUUGACACUAUGUAUGUUUCUGACAGCCCAAGGAAGUUAUGUUAUUCCUGUGUUAUUGGUUCCUUUUCCUGUGUUUUUGUUUCUAAAUAUCACCAAAUCCGAGGAUGGCUGCCUUUAAAAGGCAAACAGUGAAAACACUCGACGGAUUGCAAGCCCUUUAUUAAAAUGGAUACAAACUUGAAGCGUUGAUGAAAUGAAGUCUACCUUCUAAAAAUCUUUUACCAAGGGUUCUGAAUAAGGACUUAGAGCAGUCAAUUGUUUACGUAAUUUAAUUCAGGAGUCCAAAAGUCUAGAACCACAUUUUAGAACCUCUGGAUUCAGAUAAAAAUGUUCCAAGCAACUAACCAAACUUUUUUUAUCCAAUUUAAUUUAUAUAUGGAGACAAAACAACAACAAAGAAGAAAAAAAGAAGAAUACAGUUUGCUGGGGUUGUGGUUCACUGUGCUAGUUUGUACAAGAUGUUGUUUACAAAAAAUGGAAAAAAUAAAUAAAAACAUAAGUAAGUAGACAGUUGCCAAAUAUAAAAAAAGACUAGCACAAAUACUGAUAAAGUGCUUUGCACCAUCAUUUGCAGAACGUGUUGAGAGAAAAAUUAGGUGUUAUAAGGAGUAACUGACUUCUUAUUUUUUUUAGGCUGCUGACAAAGCAUUCAUAAAAUUGUUAAUAUGACAUAAUUAGACAGGUUUUAUUUUUGUGUCUUUAAAGGGAAAAAAAUCCAAUCUAUUGAAAUCGAUGGUCAAAUAUGCAGCUUGUAGCUGCUACAUCUCUUUGAAUAUCAAGCCCUCAUGGUAUGUCUUUUAUUGUUCCAAUAAACCUACGCUUAUGUGACCUCCAGUGCAUAUUAGACCAUUCACUGUAUAAAUACGAUAUGUUCAACAAAAUGUGUUUCUAAUAAAACUAGACAAUAUACAUUUGAA